AUAAUAACCUUACAAUAGCUUUAAUUAUAUAGAAACUGAUAACCUCACAAACAUACGAAAAGUGUUUGAUAAGCUUGUGUGUGUAUUAUUCUACUCUGCUAUGCGUGGCUGUUGACUUGAAUAACUACACGAUUAAAAAUAUACUAUGUAUCUAAAACCCGACUGAGUACAAUAUUUGCAAGACAAAAAUACUAACUGUUAAAUUCCUAGUGGAGAAAAUGCUAGAGUUUGUAUAGUGAGAACGUUACAUGUUAAUGAAAACCCGACAAAAACGUCUCCUGCUUUGUAUGAAUACAAUAUUGCUAAGGUCGUUCGCUUCCUUUGUCUUAGAUCGAUUCAAGAAUAUCGCAGUUUUGUUCACUGUCGCAAGUGGUAAUAAGUAUGUGCGAUAAAUAAGGAUACAGACAAUUUCUUUUCUCAAACAAAUUUAUAAGACUACAAAAUGCACCGACUAACAGAACAACGUUGGGCAUGUUUCUUUUGGAUACUUCUAAGUACUGCUUUGGUAUGCCAGAUAAUUGCUUUUGUUGCACCAGCUUGGUUGAAAGUGUUCAUUAAUUUUGACAAUUAUUAUAACGAAAAGAUCACUCGAACAAAUGACACAGGAAACGCUACAACGGAAACUUCGAUUAAUAUCACAACAAGUGUUCCAAUUAGGAUGUCAACACUUGCUCCGAAAAGGAUUCCCGUCAACCAAGACUAUGCCUUAUGGUACAUGACCCAAUGUCACAUUGAUACAUGGGCUUGUGAGACCCUCACGUAUUACCAUAUUGAGUUUAUGGACGAAUCGUACGAUAAAGCAAACUUCAAAGAGCCCCACCAUUGGUUUCUAGAUCGGACAAACUUGUUUCUAAACGGAGUUGAAUUGCGAUUCAACUAUUCUGUGUUGUCUGAGAAUCAGGCAGAAUACACGUUCGGACUGCUCGCUUGUGGCGUGGCAUGGUGGCUUGUCUAUAGGCACAGGAAACGGUUGGGAAAGAAGAAUCUCGAUAAAGUGAAAAAUACUAGACUGGCAGUUGCUGCCGUGACUUCUUUCUUCUCGGGUCUGUUUGUGCUAAUUCCGGUAGGUCGUUUUGGCAACAUGGGUGAUAAGCUUAGAUCUCUUGCAAAGGAUUACCCAGAUAGGAUAUCAGUGCACAAGCCAAUUGGUCUUGGAUUCGGAGCUGCUGGCGGUACCUUUGCCAUGAUGGUUGGCCUCAUUAUCGCACUACGGAUAGUACUAAGGGGUUAUUGUCCCGACUGCGUUGAUCUUCCACCACAGGAUGAAAUUGCUAUGAGGGAAACUGGUAAUCAGAUAGACAAUCCGGACAAAAGACAUUCGCAAAACAAUAUGUAAUAGUAUUUUGUGGAAUAUCAAUAACAAUACAGCACACACAAGAUAUACGUUCGAUUUGUAAGCAUUGAACUUUUUAAAAGUGGGAAAUAAUAGACGGAAACCCUUGUGGUAUUUAUAGUGAUCAGAAAGUUUUCCAACUAAUUGUAUAUUAUAGUGUAUAGACUGUAAAUUCUUGAUAUUCAGUUCAAAUCUCAUGCAAAAUUUGAAUGUAUCUUAGUUUGUGUGUUGAACUGAAGAAAGCGAUACAUGUAUAAAUGUACCUUUGACAGAUAAAACAGGGUUUAAGGAAAUAAAAUAGUGUUAAGAAUUUUAAGCAAAGGAUUAAUUCCUGUAAUUUAUCUGUAAGUGGGAGAAAGAUGCUCAUUGCCGUUAGUAAUGAGCCUAUACUACAUCUGAUACCUCCAAAAUCCUGUAGCGGCGAAUAUAAACCAGGAAACUGGUCAGAUUGUUGAAUUUAUAUUGAAAUGCACUAUCUCAUACGUCCCUUGCUAGAAUAUCAAAAUUAGGUAUAUCCUUGUUUUAAUUUGUUAAUUAACGAAUGCAAAAUGCAGACAGGUCACUUGACAGCUACAAAAACUGAAGUGUGGUAGCUCGAACAUUCUCCGGUUAAAACACAACAUUUUACUUGUCAUAUCUUCAACUAUGGCAAAAUUAAAUCAUUUUUGUGCCGAAAUUUUACUGAAACGACAUCACAAUGUUGAAAAAAAAAACAAAAAACAUAGAGGCUCGCUUCUGCCAUGUCAAACUGUGUGUCAUGGCGACCAAACAAUGACACGAUAAAAGAAGGGCAAGGACAUAAAAAAAAUAUGACAGAACAACAUAUUUACUGUCGUGUUAGCGGCCCUGGUGCUGGUGCCAUGUGACGUCACGAGAAACGCCAAAAUAGGAUUAUGUCGUGUUUUCUCUACUAUAAUCCUUGUUGGAUCGCCAUGCGACAACAUGAAGGCACAACAAAUUUGCUUUUAUGUCUCCUUAACAGAUAAUUUUGAUCCGUAUGAUAUUUCAGAUUAAUCAAAUUUAAUAACGUUGGUGAUCUUGAUAUUUGAUAGUAACUAAAUGAACAUCACAUGGCAUCGUGUUCUUAUGUAGUCGCAUGGACCCCCGUUAGCACGACAUAACAGUACCACAACAGAAUGCUUUUUUGUCGAGUCCUCGUAUCGGCCCUGCCGGCACAAGGACAGACAAAAUAAUGCGCCAGUGCGACAGAAAAAAUAAUUGUUCUGUCGCCGAUAAUGUCGUGUUUGUCGUGUCGUCGUCCUUGUAAAAUCAAUGGAACAUUUAGAUUGUCUGAUAAAAAAAUAUUUUGUAUGUAUAUAAUCAUUGAUAUAAAUGAUAAAUGAGUAAAGAUGAUAGCAUGACUAGAUUCUAUAAUCUGCUGUAAAGUUUCUUGUAUAUUCUAUUGUACACGUUAUAUACAUCUGUUUCCUCAUUGGUAGCCUGUAUUCUACGAGAAAGUCACUUUAUAUUCUAAAGAUACAUUAUUAUUCAUAGAAUCUUGUACGGCCCUUAAGCUGGAGUAUUUCUUGAUGAGACAUAAAUCCCCGUUAUUUAGAAAAAAACCAGUGCAAUUUGUAUAAAUGUCGUCUGCCUAGUUUCUUUUCUUAAUUGCAUUCGGCGGACUCGUACUUCAGAUGUCUUUCGGUUUGUCGAUAUUUCCGUGUUGAAAUUAGUUUUCAGUCAAAAUAUUUCUUGUCAAUUCCCCUUUUAUGCAAAUCUAAGCCUGUUAUGCAAGUUCAAAGAAUUUGUGACUUUUACAGCGACCGAGGUUGAAUUGAUUCUAGAACACAAAUAACAAUAAGCAACAGGCUCGAAAUUAUAUUACAAUUUUAAAGAACGUUAACCUCCAACAGCGAACGCUACCGUAAAAUGCCGACCACUGAACAUUCCAACACGCUUAAUUCUGAGCAUGGGUUAAUUAUUUACUGAUAGUAACAAACAGUAUUUCAGGAAAUUAUGGGUCAUGUGUGCAAAUCGCAUAUGCACACUCAUCUUUGGGCAGUUUGUGAUACAUUAAGUUAUGUUCCUAACGAACUUUUUUAGGCAGCGUGUCAACUUGGAAAAUUUUACAGAUUGUUCUACGUUGAGGAAAACGCUAGACACACUAAUUAAAAACAAACUGGAAACAAUGCUUUUAAAAUAUAAGGUUGAUACUAUCAUGUUACAUGUAGUCGAUGUAUUUUGUAUUAACUAUGUAGAAAGCCUGGACAAACUGGCAAGCAGCAAUAUCUGUAGUAUUGAUGCCAAAAUGACUUUAUGACAAAUUACAUAACAUUUAUAUUGACAGUUGUUUUAAAACAUCUUUUUCGCCAACAAUUUCAGAUUUAUACAUGUAUGAAGUAAGCUGACUAUUUGUUGUAACUUAUUAUUGUAGUUAAAUAUUUCAUCAUACAAUGUGUUGAUAUUUAUGCUAAGCACCUGUAUUGUUUUAU